GCUCGCCGGACACCCCCCCCCCUCGCUGGCGUAGCGCCUCGCAGGAGCCACACCAUCUGGACGGGGACCUCACGCCGCCGGAGUCCCCGCUCGGUGGAAUCUGCUCCCCUCGCCGCCGGACCGCCCGUCCACCUGUCGGCUGGCGCUCCCCACGCCGCCGGAUCUUUGAGGGAAAUUUUGAGCAAAGCAACACUAGAAAUUCUAAAAAACCCCCCUGUGGCGGCGCGACGAGACAAGGCAAGGCCGCGCAAUCACCGCCAGCUGCUGCCUCGCUUGCUCCCAGCUCGCUGGUGAUUGCUCUUCGCUGACCGCAUGCGCACACCUUGAGGUUCUUUGCACCAGGAUAACAUUGUUAUGUCAGAAGCUACAGAAGCUCAGCUGCAACUAACAGAGCAGGAAGUAAGUGUCCAUGCAAGUCAACAAGCAGGGCAACCACAUAUGAACGCAACAGAUCAAUUCUCCAGAUCAGAACUAGUAACUGAAGGUUCAAAAAGUGAACAACCUGUCCAAGUAGAGCAACAGAAUCCACAGCUACAACAAUUUCAGCCAGAAAGUCGACUGCAACAGGCUGAAACAAAUAGCUUCCAGUUAGCUGAGAAAGAAACAGGGAGUUCUGGUCAGCAGAGUUUUUCAGGUUCCAAGGUCGAUGUAGCUCAGCCCUCAGUAGCUCAGCAGAAUGCAAAGCAAGUUGUUGGCUUGCAAGCACCAUCUGGUGCCCAGGAUACAAGGAAAGGGCCAUCUAUACCAUUUAAUAUGUUAAUUCCUAUCCUACAGGCACAUCUUGACAGAGACAAAGAUAUGCAACUUCAAACUGUAUGGUCAAAACUUAGGCGCAACGAAGUCCACAAAGAUGAUUUCUUAAGAGUGAUCAGGAACAUUGUUGGGGAUCAAAUGCUGAAGCAGGCAGCCCAUAAAGUUUUUCAACAGAUGCAAGCCCAGGCACAAAGAAAUAACCAGGCAAAUCCUAGUCAGCAUUCUUUAUUCUCUCAAGUGUCAGCUCAGCAGAUGCCUUCCAGUGGUUCAGCACAGUUACAUGAUCAGAAAGUUCGUCCACCUGGACCAUCCAACCAGGGUCAGAAAACUCAGGUGUCAUCUUCAUCUCAGGCUUUUGCACCACAGUCAGGCACUCAAGCGCAAACUAGCGCACAAUAUCUUUCUCAUGAUAACCCCAACCAAAACCCUGACGCAAAGGUACCAAAUGCUAUACCGAAUCAACCACCAAGAAUGAACUCAGCAGUUUCAUUGCAAACAAAGAACAAACAGCAACAACCCACACAAUUUCAGCAGGCCUCACAGCAAAUAUAUGGAGCAAGUAAUCCCGGUGCCCAGGGUUACCCUCGGUCAAUCACUGGUUCUCUUAGGCCACCAAAUCCAGUUCCAGAAACACAGCCAUCCAUGCAUGCUCAUGGAAUGCCUCCUGCAAAAGUUGCCCCUCCCCCUACUCAUCCAAUGAUGCAGCACAAUGCAGUUGCAUGGCAAAUGCAUCAAAACAAGGAGUUGAAAACCAAUACUCUCCCUCCAAAUGCUAAUGCAAAGCAAAAUUCUGAAUCUGCUGGCAAGGCCCGCACGGUUGGUGCAGGAAAUUCUUCAGCUAAAGGAAAGCAGGGACCCCCAAACUCAUCUACACCAAAUGCUAGUGGAGGUGCGAAGAGUAAUAAGAAAUCAGGUGGGCAGAAGAAAUCAUCAGAAGCAGCAGGCUCUACACAACCUUCAAGCAAAAAGCAGAAGACAUCUGGUGCCUUCCAGGAACAAAGCAUUGAUCAACUUAAUGAUGUCACUGCUGUUAGUGGUGUUAAUAUUAGGGAGGAGGAGGAACAGCUACUCUCUGCCCCAAAGGAAGAGAGCCUUGCCUCACAAGAAGCAAGAAGAAUUGCACAGGAAGAAGAAGAAAAUAUUUUCCUACGGAAGGGCCCACUCCUGAAGAAACUAGUAGAAAUAGUUCGGAAAUGCAAUCUGAAGAAUGUUAAUGUUGACGUUGAGCAUUGUUUAUCAAUGUGUGUGGAGGAACGAUUGCGAAGAUUCAUAAGUACUCUUAUACGAGUCUCAAAACAGAGAAUCGACACUGAAAAGACCGGGCAUCGACUAGUUAUUACUUCAGAUGUUGGCCGUCAAAUUUUGCAAAUGAACCAGAAAGCUAAGGAAGAGUGGGAUAAAAAACAAGCAGAAGAAGCUGACAGGAACAAGAAGCAAACUGAGGCUGAUGGCAGUGGUGCUGCAGAGUUGGAAAAGGAAAAAGAGGAAAGUCGCCCAAAGAAUGUGAAGCCCAACAAGGAAGAAGAUGACAAGAUGAGAACGAAUGCAGCAAACGUUGCUGCUCGUCAAGCAGUUGGAGGAAGUGAUGUGCUCUCGAAGUGGCAGCUGAUGGCUGAACAAGCCAGGCAGAAGCGAGAAGGCCUUGAUGUGGCUGCUGCCUCGCAGCCAGGUGAAGGACCAGGUACCAGGCCAUUAUCCAAAUUUGGAAAAGGCUUCGGCGAAAACCAGGAAGGUUCAAAGAGGAGCCAUUCUGCAGCGUUCGGAACUGGAGGCAUGAAAAGACCUGGCAGGACUCCAUUUGCGGGACCGCAACGGACGAUCUCUGUGAAGGAUGUGAUCUGUGCCCUGGAGAGGGAACCUCAGAUGACGAAAUCGCGGCUCAUCUACAGGCUGCACGAGCGGCUGCCCGGAGAUUCUACCGCAGAUUAGGCUAGAGUAGGCAUACUUUAGUGUGGUACUAGCCGAUGCAUGGUAUUUGAGAGCGUAGGAGCCUAACCCAGUGUGGUUGCCUUCCAUCCGGUGUGGUUUGGAGAGUGGAGUGGCACUGUAUAUUGAUGACAAUUCUGUAACACAUAAAGGCGGCGAAUUGCCAGCAAAAGUCAUCUGUAAAAGUUGCCGUGUAAGGUGCUCUGCCAUUUGCCUCAUCUGCAACCAUUGGCUUGGUUGUCA